UUGAUUAAAGCAAUUGUUAAGGAUAAAAAAACGAAGAAGACUUUUUUUUUUCGGUAUCACUGUGAUGGAGAACAACCAAGCUGGGAAAUACCGGAAGUUGGUGAAAUAACAACUGGUAAAUGGACAUACAAAGGUCGGACUGAACAUCAGGUUCAGUGUCAUUGUCAAGAAAUACCAGAAAAUGGUGCUGAUAUUGCACAUCUAAACUACUUACAUCUUGUUGCAGCAAAUGAAGGUAGUGAUAUUACAAAAAUUCGACUGGAUAUACAAAAUCGUAGAGUGAAACAUUACUGGAAUGGUAGUUGGGAACCACAGCCAGCACCUCAGCAGCAUGUCGGUAUUAUGCAUUUGGAAGAAGCAAUUACAUUUGGAAAUUGGAAAAUACCGUUUACAGCAGCCAAACUUGAUGCUAUUCAGAUUGGUCCCGGUAUUGUGCAUAUGAUGUUUGAUUUUGGUAGUCUUGGCAAAGGUAUUGUACUGCAACAUGUGACACCAGAAAAACCGUUGUUGCAAAAAUGUCGUUUUGUUAUGUAUUCAACAUUACCAAAAAUUUUGGCCAACAUUUUUAUGACAUGCGAAGCUUAUCAGUAUGAACGUGAUGUAUACGUUUGGAAUAAUAAGCGAUUUACACGUCAGCCAAUGCUUGUCAAACACGAUGGACCGAUCAUGAAAUUUCGACGAUGGUAUAAUCAGUUCUACACGGAGAAUAGUCCAAAAUUGAAUUGGGAUGGAACAGUUACCGAUGAAAUUAAAUCUGUAUUAGAUUGGUAA